UCUCUUUCUCUUUCUCUCUCUACAUUUCCAUUCUUCUAGAGGUCUCGCCAAAAAGGAUGAUCAUAGAAGCACUGCCAGCUCCGAAUCCAAUAUCGGAGCCGGAAAGCGGAAAUGGCGACGAGGCGACUUUGGAGUUCAGGUCGUACGGCGACGACGCCUGGUACAGCGUCCGGGUUUGGGCGGAGGGAGACUCCGGCGACGGCGAGCAUCUCCGCGUCAGGUAUUGCGGCUUCCCCGACGCCCACGACAACGUUUUCCGGCGAGACGACUUCGGAGAGCUUAAGAAGCUGGACGACUUCGCGGCCAGGUUCAGGCCGAUCUCCCUUCAGCUCCAAGACUCCGAGUGCUCCCGCGCCCCCACGGGCUUGCUCGUCUGCGCCUCCCACUAUUUUCGCGACGACGACGUUCGCUUCUACGACGCUCUCGUCGAGGCGGUGGAUCGUGCUGAACAUUCUUUUGUCAAAGGAGAAGAAGAGUGUUCGUGCACCUUUACUCUAUCUUGGUUGCACGGUCCUAAUGUUGGAAAUUAUACUGCUGAAAAUAUCGGACAGAUAUGCAGAGUCCAGUUUAAUGAGGAAAUUGAUCCUACUGUGGCCUCUUUUAUUAGGGCAGCGAGAGAGAAAAUUCACAUGGCUUCUUAUAUUUCAAACUUGAGUCCUAAGUUUGAAGUCGGUAAAGGUUUUACUCCUAAUGUUCAUGGAGAAAUUCCUAAGAUGAAAAUUGGGCACAAGCUAAGCUUCUCUCAUCAUUUGAAGCAGGGAACGAGGUGCACCAACUGGUCUUUGAGUGAUUCGAUGUUGUCCAAAUGGAUAAUCGGCUAUCCUUGUGAAAGGAUUGGACAAGACACAGAUUUUGGAGGUGUUGACGACUAUUAUUUGAUAGUUGUUGAGAAUCUUGAGAAAGACUUAACGCCUUUGGCAAUGAUGGAAUUCAUAAGUAAAGAAGCAAAAGUCUUAUCUCAAGCAUUUAUUCUACCAAGUUUGUCAUCGGAUUACGUUACAAGAGGUAAUAUUCUGUUGGACAGCAGAAGGAAUUUUGAGAGGUUAUGUGACUUUUUGGAGAACCCAGAUCAGGUCGUUGUGUCUUCAAAUGGAAGGCCAUGGGUGAUAACAGAAAAAAUGUCAGUGCGUGAUGCACUUCUAGUAUCAAUUGAGACCUUUGCGCUUAUAUCCCAGAAGAUUUUAGGGAAGACUAAAAAUAUUGGAAGUGGCAGUGGAUUGAAGGUUGUGCGAAGAGGAACCGUUGAAUACACGAUUGCCAAGAAGCUAAGCAAUUUGUACAAAGAAUUUUCUAAUCAUCAGAAAAAACUGCAAAAGAGGCUGAUUGUUGACGAAGGAAAAAUCUGGCAAGAAUAUAAUGCAGAGCGCAGAGUUAGAAGUUAGCUCCUUCUGCAUGUCCUUUCAAUAGUCACAUUCAUUAACAUGUUUUGGUGCCUUUUACUUUGUAGGAACGUCUUGGUUAAAGUUAGGUUACCACAGUUGAUUUUGCUUGUACAAAACACAUGAAGAAAAAAAAAAAAAAGAAGCAAAGUGUACGGGAUUACAGUUUGGUGAGUUUGUAUACAGAUCCAUUGUCACAGUUGGGGCAUAUUUUUGAGACCGAAUAGUUGCUAUGUAAAUGUUAUACGAUCAUAUCUA